AUGAAGGUUAAAAUGAUAUCACGUAAUCCGGACGAUUACCAGAGGGAGACAAACAAAGAUAUAUACAAAGUAGUACGUAACUGGAAUGCUCCUCCGGAUCCUUUCCGAGCUCAAACAGAAUACACCCGAGCAUUGAAUGCGACGAAAUUAGAGAGGGUGUUCGCAAAACCCUUCGUUGCCAGUCUUGACGGCCAUGUUGAGGGCGUUCAUAUUCUUGCCAAGCAUCCAAAUCGUCCUUCUAUUGUUUUAUCUGGAGCUCGUGACGGUCAAGUCAUUGUAUGGGCACUUGCUAGACGACAUCGGCUUGCUACAUUUCAAACUCAUAAUGGACCUGUUAAUGGUAUUUCUGUUGACGUUGCUGCCGGCAACAGCUUUAUCACUGUAGGACAAGAUUGUACAAUUAAUCGAUGGAGACUACCUCAUACUUCAAAUGCAAUUGGCGGUAUUAUUUGUGACCAAGUGGAUUCGAUCAGCUUAGAUGGUGUCCCCCAUGCCGUAUCACAUCUUGCAAAAUCAUCGAAUUUCGUUACCUGCGGUGAUGGUGUUACCGUUUGGGAUGCUCAAGGCAAUAAAAGAAUACGGGAGUACGAUGUUGGUCAUGAUACAGUUCACUGUGUUCGUGCUAAUCCUAUAGAAGAAGAGGUCCUUGUUGGGGUAGCAAGUGAUCGUUCAGUGUUCGUUAUCGAUACCCGGCAAGCAGUCCCUCUCACAAAGUCAACUAUGAAAUUACGCCCUAAUAUGGUUGCUUGGAACCCUAUAGAGGCGUACACGUUUGCUGUAGCAAGUGAUGAUUAUAAUUUGUACUCCUUCGAUUUGCGAUACCUGGAUCAUCCUAAACUCUUACACUCUGGCCAUACGGCAGCUGUAGUCGACUUGGAUUUCUCCCCAACUGGGCAAGAAAUCGUGUCAGGAUCCUUUGAUCGAUCUGUUAGAAUAUUUCGUGCUAACGAAAGUAGAAGCAGGGAUGUCUACCACACGAAACGUAUGUCGAAUGUGUUAUCUGUUCUCUGGAGCAUGGAUAAUAAGUUUGUGCUGUCCGGUAGUAAUGAAAUGAAUGUAAGGGUGUGGAAGGCAAAGGCAGCUGAAAAACUUGGCCCGCUAGCACCCCGUGAGAAGGCAGCUUUUGCGUAUAGUGAGAAGCUGCGCGAACAGUUCAAGGAGCACCCUGAGAUACGACGGAUAGCACGGCAUAGGAAUGUCCCGAAGAGUAUCCUCCAUGCUGGCCGUGAGCAUGCUGCAAUCAGAGCAGCUGAGUCACGGAAGGAGUUCAAUCGACGGCGAGCUGAAGGUAUCAAAGAUGAGGAUGUGGAAUUUGUACCAAUGGUUAAGAAGGCGAUGGUGAAGAAGAGUUCAGGCCCCUUAUAA